CAACAGGCGGGUUUGCGCAGCCCUGGCGAGCCGGGCCACGUGAGAGUUUUUGUUCCCGCCCGCCCGUCAGUUGGGCGGCUCGUUCGUCCCGAGCGCGCGUCUUCAUUAUUCCUUCUCUGCGAAUACCGCGAAAAUCGAGUAACUAAUUAUCCUAAAUUCUAUGUUCCAACAGUUCUAUAACAUUUUAUUAAUAAAUACACGAUAUCAAAUGUGUUAAUGUAAUAAUAGUUUGUGUUAUAAUGUGCUAUUAAACCUCGCUGUGAAAAAUGCAUGAAGUUAUUAAAUAUUCAUGAUAGCAUCUCAACAGUUCCCGAGAACCCGAAACGCUUCGGUUUGAUCAACAGGUUCCGGAAAUACCUGAUAGAUGGAGACUGAUAAAAUGUCAACAGCGUCGUCGACGGGGGCAGAGCGACGACCGCUAUUGCAAGCUUUGGUCAUCGAGCGCCGCAUCCUCUUCGCUUGUACGGUUCUCGUCGGCCUCUGCACGUUCAUCUGGAUAGCUGCUGUCUGUACGGAGAAAUGGGUGCAUAUUGAAGGAGGCAAAGGUGUAUACCUUCCAUCGAGAGGUAUAUAUUUGAUGUGGAGUAACUCUGGCAUGUGGGAGAUUUGUCGAUACUUAUUCCAUCCCGCGCCGACUUCGCCUGUCAAAUAUAACGGUACCGCUGGCACUACUACACCUCGGCCGUACGACGUUGAGGGUAUGGUCGGUGAAUAUUUUACAAAUUGUACUAAUUAUCUCGCGCAACCGGUUAUGAAGAAUGGAAAGCCAGAAGACCCUGCCUAUGAUAUAGAUGUAGCUAAUUAUGUUCGAACAAUGGUAUCUUUCGGCAUCAUCAGUCUUUUCGUGAUGGCCAUGGGGUGCGGUUUCUCCACCUAUACAUUCCGCAACCCUCGCUACAUGUUCAAGCGGCUUGCAGCGGGGAUACACUUCAUUAGUACUUCUUGCACAUUCGUGGUGGUGCAAAUUACAAUGACCUGCAUUGACCAUAUGAAGAAGAACGUCAAAUUCGUAUAUCCUGAGCGCGCUUACCACUACUAUCACAUUAGUUUCUUCCUCGCCUGGUUCGUAGUUCUCGUCAAUCUUUUCGCUGCGGCAUCGUUUCUUUGGUAUUCGAGGAAAAGGAAAGGCGAUAAAGCGGCAACAGAUGAACUCGCUAUGGCCGACGAGCCGACGAUCAUCGGACGAUGACGUCACAGGCGUAUCACAUCCAAGCGUUCUCUCAAACCGCUCGGAAACUUCAAACUUCUACUGAACAGUGCUCAAAUGACCAAUAGCUAUAUCAAUAUUUCGAAAGUCUUCCAUGUGUUUGUACUUAUAGAAACAUAGAUAUAUCUAUAGUUACAUCGAAUGCAUCUUGUAAAAAAUCACAUUAAAAAUAUCUGAAUUCAUGCAAGUUGUAAAUAAUUUGCAAUGUUUAUUAUUUUCGCCUUGUUAAUCUUAUAAGUAUUCGAAACACUAUAAAAUGUUUCAGUAUUCGCUUCAAAUGUUAUUUAAAUUUCGAAGAAUUCUUUAAAAAAGGUAAUGUAUCCUAAGACUUAUGGGAUUAACGAAGUAUGACUAUGUUAUUGUUGUCUUCAUUAAUGUAUGUAUGGUGUUAUUGUGUAGAUAUAUUUUGUUCAUUUUAGCUCAAGAUUAAUGUAAGCUAUAAAUCAACUUACUUUAAAUUUAGUAAGACAUCAACUCUUAUAAAUCAAAUUCCAGAUAUUUUCAAACUUUUUGCCAACAAUAUAAUGAAAUAUCUUAUAUUCACCCCAGAUUUGUUCUGAUUAUAUAACUUCAUAUAAUCACUUAACAAUGAUAUUUAAUCUUGUUAUAUUUAAGUAGGGACCAUCCCAGUGCCUGUUUCUGCUGUGUUCAAGCGUUUCGUUCAUUAUUAAAGUUUACUAGUUAAAACAUUUAGCUAAAAGAACUUAUAUGCUAUUAUAAAAUCUAUUAUUUUUUUAACUUAAAUAAUGUAUUUAUGUAUGUAUGUAUAGGUAUUUAUAUGUAUUAUCUUUGAUUAUAACUGAAUGCCAUUCGAUCUUGUAUGUUUUAGUAGAAACAAAAUUUGUGUCAUGUAAUGAGCGGAUCACCGUUUUUGAUAAUAUUGUCGGAGUUAAUAAUAGAAAAUAUUACAUUUAAAGGUUUCUUUCUUACUCAAUCUUAUAUACUUGGCAUAAGGACGAGAAUACACGUGCCAGUAAAAUGAAAUAGUAGCUGGUAUGCUACUUUCAGGCAUGUGUAUUCCCGCUCUAACAUUAAUAUCAUGUUAUAUUACAGAAGUUUGAGAAACACUGUUUAGUUUGCAAAUGAUCUUAUACUAAAAUGAAUAGAGUAUAUGCUUGUUGUACUUUGCCAUAAGACUAUUUACUUGUAAAUAAAACUUAAUUCUAGUCAAAUGUAUAGUGACAUUAUUCUUUACUUCAUCUUUUAAUUGUACAUUCAAUUCUGUUUAUCGUAAAUUUUGGCAGCCAAUGAGCAGCUUUGUUUACUUGACUCAAAGUUGCUUGCAUUCUCUUUAUUCCAUUUGAUGUUUAAGAUUUCUUUUAAAUUUUAUCCAUAUUAUGAUAUGUCUAAAUACAUUUAAAUUUAUCUCAGUUGUGUUGUA